AUGCCUUCUGUUCUUGUGGUCGGUGCGACUGGAAUGGUGGGAGCCUCGCUCUCCCGACAGUUGAAGCAGCAACACCCAACCUGGCCGUUGACUGUGUAUUUCCGCAACCCUCAAGCGGACAACUGGUUUCGCAAUGUUGUGGGUGUGGACAGAAUUGAGCACGGAACCUUCGAGGAUGCUGCCAGGGUCCGUUCUUUGGCCGCCGAGCAUGACAUUGUGAUCAACGCAGGGUCUUCGUUUGACCCAGCGCUGUCCCAAGCGAUUGUUGAUGGGCUGAAGCAGAGACAAGGCGGCUCGAAAGGAACCCUAAUCCAUGUCAGUGGUGGAGGAAACUUUAUCGACCGUCGAACGGAUGGCAAGUAUAGCGCCGCCAGCAAAGUGUGGAAUGAUUCCAAUGAGGAUGAUAUUAAAAAAGUCAAUCCCAGUAUGCUCAAUGGAGCGGCGGAUCGAAUUAUCCUCGAUGCAGGCAACGACGGCAGCAUCAAUACCUUCAUCGUGAACCAGGCCUUGACAUAUGGCGUGGCUGAGGGGCCGUUGCCUUCGCUGGGGGUGGGAUACAAAAUCCUGACAGGAAAUGCGCAGUCUCUGGGAUUUGUCCCGUACAUUGGCGAUGGAAGUGCCCUUUUGAGCGUCAUCCAUAUUGACGAUGCACUGCGUUUUAUCUUACGGAUUGUGGAUCUUGCUGUGAUGCAAGAAGUUAUUGGCUCUGCUGAGAGUCGUUACUACAUAAUCUACGGAGAGAGGGUUGCUUGGAAAGAUGUUGCCACAGUUUUGGCGAAAACUUUGCAUAAUAAGGGCGUCUUUCCUUCCCCCGAACCGCGCAGCGUAUCCUUUGAGGAGGCUGGUGAAGGAGAGAUUCCCAAGCUCCUGGGAUCCAAUAUGCUGAUGCAAGGGGACCGGUCUGCCGCGCUGGGGUUCAAAGCAACUGCUAGGUCUAUUCUGGAACAUAUCCCAGAGGAUCUUGAGUCGCAUACCUUUUGA